AUGAGAAGACAGUCUUUGAAAGACGGUGAUGUUAUAUUCUCUGAAGGAAAGAGAUUCGCUUUUGGAUUCUUCAGCGUAGGGACUUCAAAGCUCCGGUAUGUUGGGAUUUGGUAUGCUCAAGUCUCCGAGCAGACUGUUGUAUGGGUUGCAAACAGAGACCAUCCUGUUAACGACACAUCUGGUCACAUAAAGUUCAGCAGCAGAGGAAAUCUCUGUGUCUACGCAACUGUCAACGGAACAGAACCUGUCUGGUCUACUGAUGUUGUGGACACGAUCUCAGAACCGGCUUUAGUUGCGAAGCUAUCUGAUUCAGGAAACCUUGUUCUGCUUGAUCCCCUCACAGGGAAAAGCUUCUGGGAGAGUUUUAACCAUCCAACAAACACUUUUCUUCCCUUUAUGAAGUUUGGAUACACACGUCAAGACGGUUUAGAUCGGUUUAUGACGUCUUGGAGAUCUCCGGAUGACCCGGGUUUCGGAAACUUUACGUACCGGAUAGACCGGAGAGGCUUCCCGCAGAUGAUGAUGUACAAAGGACCGAGUAUUUGGUGGCGUAGUGGGUCAUGGACAGGACAGAGAUGGAGCGGUGUGCCUGAAAUGACGAACAAGUUUAUCUUCAACGUCUCGUUUGUGAACAAUCCUGAUGAAGUAUCGAUCAUUUACGGUGUGUUGAGUCCUUCAGUCAUAACAAGAAUGGUGCUGAACGAGACUGGAAUCUUGCAACGGUUCACAUGGAACGGGAGGGACAAGAAAUGGAUUGGGUUCUGGUCAGCUCCUGAAGAGAAGUGUGACAACUACAACCACUGUGGUCUUAACGGUUACUGCGAUCCCACGAGUCCAGACAAGUUUGAGUGCACUUGCUUACCUGGCUACGAGCCGAAGAAGCCACAGGACUGGUCCUUGAGGGAUGCUUCUGGUGGUUGCAAAAGGAGAGAUGUAGCUUCGGUAUGUAAUGGGAAAGAAGGGUUUGCGAAGUUGAAGCGCGUGAAAGUUCCUAAUACGUCAGCUGUUAGUGUGGAUAUGAACAUAACGUUGAAAGAAUGCGAGAAGAGGUGUUUGAGGAACUGCUCUUGUGUUGCUUAUGCGAGCGCUUACCAUGAGAUCGAGGACGGAGAAAAAGGGUGCUUGACAUGGCACGGUGAUAUGUUGGAUACAAGGACAUACUUGACCUCGGGGCAAGAUUUCUACCUACGCGUAGAUAAGUCAGAGUUAGCGCGGUGGAAUGGAAAUGGAUCGUCAGGGAAGAGGAAGCUUGUUUUCAUUCUCAUCAGUUUUAUUGUAGUCGUGAUGUUACUAAUGAUCAUUUUGUUCUGUUUCAUUAGAAGAAGACGACAGUCUAGUAGGCAAAGGAAACCUCUAUCAACCUUUGCCUCGAGCUCUUUUGAUCUUGAAGACUCGUUCAUAUUAGAUAAUCUUGAGGAUAAAUCAAGAAACCGAGAGCUGCCUCUCUUUGAGCUUAGCACGAUCGCUGCAGCAACUAAUAACUUCUCUUUCCGGAACAAGCUUGGAGCAGGUGGUUUCGGACCGGUUUAUAAGGGCGUGUUACCAAAUGGAAUGGAGAUAGCGGUGAAGCGGUUGUCGACAAACUCGGGCCAAGGAAUGGAAGAGUUCAAGAACGAGGUCAAGUUGAUAUCAAAGCUGCAACAUCGGAAUCUAGUGAGGAUCUUAGGAUGUUGCGUUGAGCUGGAAGAGAAAAUGUUGAUAUACGAGUAUUUACCAAACACGAGCCUUGACUAUUUCAUAUUCCGAGAGGAGCAUAGAGCUGAGUUGGAUUGGCCAAAACGGAUGGGGAUAAUCCGAGGGAUCGCUCGAGGAAUGUUGUAUCUUCAUCAAGAUUCAAGACUGAGGAUCAUCCACAGAGACCUCAAGGCCAGCAAUGUACUUCUUGACAAUGAUAUGACUCCUAAGAUUGCGGAUUUUGGCUUGGCGAGAAUCUUUGGGGCCAACCAAAUCGAAGGAAGCACCAACAGAGUUGUUGGCACAUACGGAUAUAUGUCGCCGGAGUAUGCAAUGGAUGGGCAAUUCUCCAUAAAGUCCGACGUCUACAGCUUCGGAAUAUUGAUCUUAGAGAUCAUAACUGGAAAUAAGAACAGUACCAUCUACGAGGAAUCUUCCAAUCUAGUCGGACAUAUUUGGGCUCAAUGGGAAAAAGCUGAAGCAAGAGGGAUCGUAGACACGUUAAUGGACGCAGAGACUUAUGACGUGAGCGAAGUGAUGAAAUGCGUACACAUUGGGUUGCUUUGUGUGCAAGAAAGCGCUUCGGACAGACCAGACAUGUCAUCUGUUGUGUUCAUGUUGGGACAUAACGCCAUUGAUCUUCCAUCUCCGAAGCAUCCUGCGUUUACGGUGGGAAGGAAGAGAAGCGUCACAAAUGGCGGGAGCUCGUGUAAUUGGCCCAGCGGAGAAACCGGUAGUUCGUUUAAUGAUGUUACUCUCACCAAUGUUGAAGGUCGUUAA